AUGCGUUUGCUGCGCAGCAAAGAUCGAUCCAUCAUUUGGACAUGCUUCCUGAUGAAAGUCAUUGGAAUAUGGAUCGCGACUAAUCGAGCUGAACAGAUUCGUCGAAAGCUUGCCUUGGUUUACACGCUUAUGGCACUGUCGAUCGCCUUAGGUAUCGCGUUAAGAGACAUGCAUUUUUCGUGGGGCAAUUUUAAUGACUGCGUGUACAUCGGUUGCAACAUUCUGUACUUGAUGAUUGGGUUCUUCAAGAUUGCAGUUUUGUCCGCUCACAAAAAGAAUUUCUACGAUUUAGUUGUGUCUAUUGAGCGAAGUUUUAUAAGACCCAGUGAUGAUAUCACGGAACAGAAAAUUUUAAUGGAGUGUAAAAGCGUGUGUGACAUGUUCAUCGUUUUUAUUACGUUCUGUGUUCAAGGUACUUGUUCUGGUUACGCCGUCACUCCGCUUCUGGAAAAUAUCGGAAAGCCCGAAAUGGAAAGGAUGUUACCAUUUAAUUUGUGGAUUGAUUUUCCAACUGGAAAGUCUCCAUAUUUCGAAGUACUCUUCGCUAUACAGAUGCUUUGCGUGUAUCACGUAGCAAUAAGCUACUUUUGCUUCGACAAUUUUUUAUGCCUCGUAUGCCUGAACAUAACCGGCCAAUUUCGCAUACUGCAACACAGGCUGGCAAGUUUGAACGGCAUGAAGAAAACAGACGAUGAAGAUUCUGACGCAUAUGUGUCGGACGAUGCGAUCAAGUAUCGAACAAAGUUGAAGAGUUGCAUUCGACAUCAUCAGACGCUCAUUAAUUAUUGCAGAAAACUCGAGAACGUGUUUACGUUGAUCGUACUCGGUGAAGUGUUGUUCUUGGCUAUGCUACUGUGCUGCCUCGGAUUUCAAAUAUUUCUGAUGAGUUCACCACCAGCAAGACGCAUAAGUUUGGUAAUAGGCAUGAUGGGUAUUUGUUCACAACUUUUUAUGUUCUCAUACUGUUGGGACGGUUUAGUGAGAGAAAGUGUGAACGUUGGACAAGCAGCAUUUGCGGGUCCAUGGAGCAUAUUCUCGAUCAAAGAAGGUGGUAAAUCUUUACGAAGCGAUGUGCUGAUAAUUAUCAUGAGAUCCAACAAAGCGUGCUGUUUAACUGCUGCUGGUUUCUUUCCGGUGUCUUUGGAAACUUGCACAGCGGUUCUGAGCACAGCAAUGUCCUAUUUCACACUUCUACGGCAUUCAGCUCCUGACUUACAAACUGCAUAG